UAUUGACACUUGACACUCUUGAGUCUUGACAGUGAUGGACGAUCAAUAAACUUUUGCAUUCUUGAGAUAUUUUUAUGAAAAUUCUAUAAUAUUGAACACAUACUGUUCUAAUUUAGAAUAUAAAAUUCUCAUCUUAAUAUAUUGCAAACGAUUAUCAAAUCCUAACUUGAUAAAUAGUUAUACAUACAAACCUACAACAACGUAUUUGGUUUGUUUACUAAUAUCAAGUUCCCGACUUUAUUUACUAAAACAAUUCUGUAAUCAUGGAUGAGAAAAACCCGUUACAAAUUAGGAAAACUCCAUCUCUAGCGCCGGAAGUAAAUAAAAGAGGGAGACCGGCUGUAAAAAAUAUUGUAAUGUUUGGUCCGCAACCCCGAUCUAUAAUGGCCCAAAUGUUAUCAGAAGCUAAGAAAUCUAAAACUAUUUUAACUGAAGAUAAGCCGGUAAAUCCGCCCCUAAAAGGACCCACUGGCCCUGUAAUUCAAUCUGUACAAGAGACAUCAGAAGAUAUAGUUGAAAUUAUUGUUUCAUGUGAUCCAAUUGAAGAACACAGGGCCUGCAAUAUAGAGGGCGGCACAAAACAUCAAAUUUCAAAUUCAAAACUAGAAUGUGACUACCCAAACUGUGGUUAUUCAUGUAAAUUAUCCUCAAAUCUAGUUAAACACAAAAGAGUUCACACAAAUGAGAAGCCUUAUUUGUGUGACAGAUGUUCAUUUAGGACAAACUUCGUAAAUUCUUUAAAAGCACAUAAAAGGACACAUACAGCUGAGAAACCUUACCACUGUGAAUAUUGUCCAUACAAAUGUAAUAGUAGUUCUAAUUUAAAAAAGCAUUGUCUUCUUAAACAUUCUGAAGGAAAUAAGAGUAAUGAAAAAUAACCUUAAUGCCAACUUUUUUAAGACUUAUUUUGUAAUGAUAAUUUAUAAGGAAAGCAAAAAUACAGUAUGUGAAAAAAUUUAUUAGUGUUGGAGUAGGAUAGUAGAUUGAUUUAUAUUGUUAUUAUUUAUUAUUAAUUAUUUUAGAUAAGUAAGUAAUUGUGAUUAUAAACUUUUGCAGAUACUGUUGGCUUGCUUUUGUAUAAUACCCAGAACAUAAUUUGUCAAGAUUUUGCCUUAGUGGAGGUCAAUUUGUACAUUGUGUAUUUACUCAUUAUUUCUCACAUUAAUUUUUUAUACAAAUUAUAUAGUAUUUAAUCCAAGUAGAAAUGAUUAAAAUGAUAUUAUAACUAUAUGAAGAAAAUAUGUUUGUAUAGUAAAUAUUGUGAGACAUAGAAAUAGUAGGACAAAAACUUGACAAGUUAAGUGCCGGGUAAUAUGAUUGCAAUAAAACAUAGUAUUUAGAAGGAAUAGCAAUGAAAGAAAUAAAGUCAUGUCCAAAGCA